AUGGCGCACAGUGUAUCCGAAGCAUGUACCCCCCUCAAGCGCGAAUACGACGCCUGCUUCAACGCCUGGUUCGAGGGCUACCUCGAGCCCGCCGUCUCCGCCUCUGCCUCUGCGGACCCCGCCAGGCGCACCACCUUUGCCCAGGAAAAGGCCGCCGAGUACGAGCGCAGCUGCGGCAAGGUCUGGGCGCAGUAUCGCGAGUGCGUGCAGGGAGCCGUGAAGGAGAAGGGCCUUGACAGCCUGCUCGAGCAGGCGCGACAAGAAAACCCUCUGAGCGAACCCCCUCCCCUGCUCGACGACGGUACAUCGUCCCGGUAG